ACCCCCCUCCUCACCCUCUCGACGCGUCUUGCACCAUGUCAGAAGUCAAGCGCGACGUCCGCAACCCCCUCCUCUUCGAGUGCGCCUGGGAGGUCGCAAACAAGGUCGGCGGCAUCUACACCGUCAUCAAGACGAAAGUACCCGUCACCGUCUCCGAGUAUGGCGACCGCUACACCCUCAUCGGCCCCCUCUCCUACAAGACCGCCCCCAUGGAGGUCGAGGCCCAGGAGCCCAAGGAUCCCUACCUCGCCGCGACCCUCGAUAGCAUGCGCGCCGCCGGGGUCAAGAUCCUCUACGGACGCUGGCUUAUUGAGGGCGCGCCAAACGUGCUGCUCUUCGAUACCGGCAGCCAGUACUCGCGCCUCGACGAGUGGAAGGGCGAUCUCUGGAAUCUCGCGGGCAUUCCCACCCCACCCAACGACCACGAAACCAACGAGACGAUUGUCUUUGGCUACAUCGUAGCGUGGUUCCUCGGCGAUUAUGUUGCCCGGCGACAGGACAAGGCCAUCAUUGCGCACUUCCACGAAUGGCAAGCUGGUCUCGCGAUCCCCCUGUGCCGCAAGCGCCAUAUCGACGUUACUACUGUCUUCACCACCCACGCGACCCUGCUCGGACGUUACCUCUGCGCGGGCUCCGUCGAUUUCUACAAUAACCUGCAGUACUUCGAUGUCGACCACGAGGCGGGCAAGCGCGGUAUCUACCACCGGUACUGCAUCGAACGCUCUUCGGCCCACUGUGCGGACGUGUUCACGACGGUUUCGCACAUCACCGCGUACGAGAGCGAGCACUUACUCAAGCGCAAACCCGAUGGCGUCCUCCCCAACGGUCUCAACGUCGUCAAGUUCCAGGCUAUGCACGAGUUCCAGAACUUGCACUCGACCGCGAAGGCGAAGAUCAACGACUUCGUGCGUGGCCAUUUCUACGGCCAUUACGACUUUGACCUCGACAACACCCUCUACAUGUUCACCGCUGGCCGCUACGAGUACCGGAACAAGGGAGUGGACAUGUUCAUCGAGUCCUUGGCGCGUCUCAACUUCCGCCUCAAGAAGUCGGGCUCUAAAGUCACCGUCAUCGCGUUCAUCAUUAUGCCCGCCACAACCCAUUCGUAUACCGUCGACGCGCUCAAGGGCCAGGCUGUAACAAAGCAGCUGCACGACACCGUGACCGAAAUCCAGAACCGCAUAGGUGCUCGCCUAUUCGAGCACGCUAUGAGCUCCAAUGGUGAACAUGGAACGCUGCCGACACCCGACGACCUGCUAUCGGACGAAGACAAGGUUCUUCUGAAGCGCCGCAUCUUCGCACUCAAGCGCAACGCGCUUCCUCCCAUCACGACGCACAACAUGGCGGACGACGCGAACGACCCGAUCUUGAACCAGAUCCGCCGCGUCCAGCUCUUCAACUCGUCCUCGGACCGCGUGAAGAUCGUCUUCCACCCCGACUUCCUGAACAGCAAUAACCCGAUCCUCGGCCUCGACUACGAGGAGUUCGUGCGUGGAUGCCAUCUCGGCGUGUUCCCCAGCUACUACGAACCCUGGGGAUACACCCCAGCGGAAUGCACGGUCAUGGGCAUCCCUUCGGCGACGACCAACCUGUCCGGGUUCGGAUGCUUCAUGCAAGACCUGAUCGAGCGCCCGCAGGACGAGGGCUGCUACAUCGUCGACCGGCGCUCGCAGUCGGUCGAGGACUCCGUGAACCAGCUCACGGACCACAUGUUCUCGUUCUCGCAGAAGACGCGGCGGCAGCGCAUCAACCAGCGCAACCGCGUCGAGCGCCUCUCGCCGCUGCUCGACUGGAAGAACCUCGGGAUCGAGUACUCGAAGGCGCGCCAGCUCGCGCUCCGGCGCGCGUACCCGGACGAGUUCUACGGCGCGGGCGGCGCGGGCGACGAGGAGGAGGAGGGCCUCGUCGACUUUGGCAUGGAGCGCAUGACGCUCCCGAUCAGCGUCCCCGCGAGCCCGCGCUUCCGCAUGUCGGGCAUCGCGACCCCCGGCGACCUCGGCACGCUCACGGAGGAGAUGCAGAGCCUCAACACGAGCGACUACCGCGGCAUGAACUGGCCGUCGCAGCAGGACGACGACGAGGACGAGUACCCGUUCCCGCUGGUGAUGAAGGUGCGGUCGCGCGCGGGCUCGGUCAUGAGCGGCGCGAGCACGCCUGGGGGCGGGCGCUCGAAGAGCCUGAGCGAGGGCGACCUGCAGCGCGCGGACGAGGCGCUCAGCAACGUCACCGAGGGCCAGACGAACGGCGUCAACGGCGUCAACGGCAACAGCGCGUAUUGAGGCGUGGGUCCGCGCGGCGCGGUUAGUGCUUAGACGAUGCGCAGGCGCGGCGGGCGCGGGAGGUAGGAACGCGAACGCGGCGAGGGAACGGGGAAAUGUAUGUAUAUAUGCGCGAGUGCCCAAGGGCGGCUCGGGGUGUUGUGGUUCGACGACGGCAGGGUGUUUGUUGUUUGUUGGAGGGCGUCAAAAUGGAGCACGAGGAGGUGGGGGCGCGGGGUUCGGAUGGUACGCACGCUCGGUGGUAGUGUACAUACAUAUGUUUGUCUUUUGCCAGUCCGCACGCAUGUAUGCCGCUGUUGUCUGUUGUCGAAUGCAUACCAUUUCAUCUU